AUGGAUGGUGAUGACUACAAAGUUCCGAGACCCAGCGUUUUGCUGGAACAAAGUAUCACAUAUAAAGAUCAGACGGUUAAACGCGAUAUGAAUAGAAUUCAGGGUAUGGCGGAUAAGGAGGUUUGGCAAAAGAUGGCUGACGAUCUAGCCGCCGAAGCGGUCCGAAGGCGUUGUGGCGACAAUGUGUCCGUGAUUCUUCUCCGGCUCCACGAAUAG